AUGCAUAUAGAAACGAGAACAACAGUAUCUAAUAACGAUGAACAAUCAUCAGUAUGCUUUUCUGAUUUAUAUAAUCUUUAUGAAAUUAUUGGAAAGGGUCCAUUUAGUGUAGUUCGUCGCUGCACGAACAAAACAAGCGAUAAACAAUAUGCAGUUAAGAUAAUUGAUGUUGAACAAUUCACUACAACACCAGGAUUUUCUGCUGAUGAUUUAAGACGUGAAGCAACAAUUUGUUCCAGUCUUAAACAUCCACAUAUUGUUGAAUUAUAUGAAACAUUUGAACUAGAAGGAUGUCUUUUUAUGGUUUUCGAAUAUAUGGAUGGUGCAGACUUGUGUUUCGAAAUAGAAAAACGAGCUCUUGCAGGUUUUGUAUACAGCGAAGCAGUAGCUAGUCAUUAUAUGCGUCAAAUAUUUGAAGCUGUUCGUUAUAUUCAUGAUCGUGGAAUAAUUCAUCGUGAUUUAAAACCGCAUUGUGUCUUAUUAUCUUCAAAAGAAAAUGCGGCACCUGUUAAAUUAGGUGGCUUUGGGGUUGCAUUACAAUUACCAGAAUCUGGUUUAAUACAAGCUAGUCGCAUUGGUACACCAGCUUUUAUGGCGCCAGAAGUAGUUAAUCGAGAGUCACCAGGUUUUGGUCGACCAGUUGAUAUGUGGGCAUUAGGUGUUAUGUUAUAUGUUCUGUUAACGGGUACAUUACCAUUUGCUGGUACAAAAGUUCGUGUUUUCGACAUGAUUUCAAGCGGUGUUUUUAAUAUGCAAAAUCGACAAUGGGAUCAAAUAUCUGAAUCAGCUAAAGAUCUUUGUACACGUCUAUUAUGUUUAAAUCAAAAUGAAAGAAUUACGAUUAAAGAAGCUCUUGCACAUCCGUGGAUUCGAGAACGCGAGAAAUUUGCAUUAAGAAAACAUCUACCUGAGACAGUUGAAGAACUUCGCAAAUUUAAUGCGCGACGACAAUUAAAAGGUGCAAUCUUAGCAGCUGUUUCAAGUCCUCGUUGGUCUCAAAUACCAAUUCAUUCAUCAAUGACAACGACAAAUUCAUUACCGUACAUGACAGCACAGAUAUCAUCAACAUCAUCUACAAAUGAUUUUGACGAUGUGGCAUCAUCUGCUGUUUCUCAAAUACUUGAUUCAUUAGAAGAUACUCAAUGGUUAACUAUUGGCGAUCAUGUUGAACUUGAUUUUUUACAAAAACUAUUUGAAGAUAAACAAUUACGAACUUUACUCGAACUAUAUGAUCAUAUUAAUUCGGAUGAAAUUCGUCCAUAUAGUACUCCUGAAUCCAUCGCUGUACAAAUAACUUCCGAUAUAAUAACAACAAUUGAACAAGGCUCUUGUCAACAUGCAUCAACAUAUGCUCAUGAUCUACUUGAUAUUUUACUUGAACCUCACAUACAGGCUCUUCUACAAACGCAUGAUGUUGUUGCCCAAGAAGUUUAUGGUGAUGGUGCGAUACGUGUUACAUCAUCCUACUUAGGUCAUAAUACAUUGCCAACAGAGCGUAAUAUUGAUAAUGACUAUAAUGGUCACAAUGGAAAUGAAUUAAAUGAUAAUCGUGGCGAUGGUGUAAGUGAUGAACUAUGUGAUGUGACACGUGUUCGACUUGUUCAAUUUCAAAGAAAUACUGAUGAACCAUUGGGUAUUACACUUCGUAUGACAGAAAACAAACGAUGCGUAGUAUCACGUAUACUUAAUGGUGGUAUGAUACAUCGACAAGGUACAUUACACGUGGGCGAUGAAAUUAAAGAAAUUAAUGGAAAACCCGUUUCAAAUCAUCCAAUACAAUAUUUACAACAAAUGCUGAGAGAUGCUCGUGGUAGCAUUACAUUUAAAAUUAUACCCAGCUAUCGAAGUCAGCCACCACCUUGUGAUAUUUAUGUUAAAGCUUUAUUUAAUUAUGAUCCAAAAGAUGAUGAUUUAAUUCCGUGUGCACAAGCUGGUAUUAAAUUUUCAAUAGGAGACAUAUUACAGAUUAUUUCAAAAGAUGAUCAUAAUUGGUGGCAAGGUAAAAAAAUAAUUCCAUCAAAGAAUAUCGAUGAAUCAAUCAUAAAUGAUUAUUAUGGAACUUAUGAUAAUUCGCCUGCGGGUUUAAUACCAUCGCCUGAACUACAAGAAUGGAGAAUUGCAACGAAUGCCAUUGAACAAGCAAGAGAUGGAAAUGCUAAUUGCGGUGUAUUUGGACGAAAACGUAAAGUAAUGAGAGAUAAAUAUUUAGCAAAACAUAAUGCUGUAUUUGAUCAACUUGAUUUGGUCACUUAUGAAGAAGUAAUACGAUUACCUGAAUUUCGCCGAAAAACUCUCGUGUUACUUGGUGCACAUGGUGUUGGUCGGCGACAUAUUAAAAAUACAUUAAUCACAAGUCAACCAAAACAUUUUGCUUAUCCAAUACCACAUACAACGAGAUUACCGAAAAAAGAUGAAGAAAAUGGAAAAAACUAUUACUUUGUCACACAUGAAGAAAUGAUGCGUGAUAUAGCUAAUAAUGAAUAUCUAGAAUAUGGUACACACGAUGAUGCCAUGUAUGGAACAAAACUUGAAACAAUACGUAAUAUUAAUCGGCAAAGUCUAAUGGGAGUACUUGACGUUGAACCACAAGCAUUAAAAGUUUUACGUACAGCUGAAUUUGCACCUUAUGUUGUUUUUAUUGCUGCACCAGAUCUUUCACAAAUUAAAGGUGUCAAUGAUGAAAGUUUAGAAAGAUUAUUAAAAGAAAGUGAACUUUUACAACAAGCAUAUGGUCAUUAUUUUGAUUUAGUUAUUAUUAACAAUGAUAUUGAGGAAACAAUACGAGACUUACAACAUGCUAUUGAACGAGUUAGUCUAGAAUCCCAAUGGGUACCUGUUAGUUGGGUUUAUUAA